UCGAAUUAUUAGAUAAACUGUUAUAUAAUAAAAUCAGCUAUUCUGUAUUUCAAAUAGCAUGUAUGGUAUCAAUGUUAAAAUUUUGUAUAAUUUUGUUGUUAGUAAGACCUUCGCUUUUACUGGCCGAUGAAAAAGAUUUUUUUAAAGAUAUAGUCUCUGCAUUUCCAACUGUCGAUCCUCAGCACGCAUAUCAAGAUUAUUGUAAAUAUAGCUGGGUAACAUGCUCAAACAAUACUGUAACUGCUAUAGAACUUAAAGAUAUCGCGUUGCAUCAAAAAUUACCAAGUUCUAUUACGGAGCUCAGUGAAUUGAAGAAGCUAUCAAUCAUUGGAUGCUUUAUUGAAGUAAACUGGGAUGACAUUAAUAAACUAAAAAAUUUGAUAGCUUUAACAUUAUCAUCAAACUCAUUUAGUGGAAAAAUUCCGCGAAUUAGCGUACCACUGAAAUAUUUAGACCUUUCCUGUAAUGAAUUCACCCAGUUUCCGGAUGAAUUUCCUGAAAGUUUAGAAGAGAUCAAUCUAGACAAAAAUAAAUUAAGUGGAGAUUUCGCUAGUGUCAAUUUUAAGUUAGAAAAAUUGAGUAUACUAAAAAUUCGCUAUAAUUCAUUAACAGGUGGUCUACCUGAUUUUAUUAAGAAUUCAGCGUCACUGAUUUAUUUAGAUAUUUCUUAUAAUAGCUUCACAAAUUUCCCUGAAAAUUUUCCAAGCAGUUUACAUAUCUUAGGCUUAUCAAAUAAUAAAAUAUUUGCAGACUUUGGUUCGAUAGAUUGUAAAUUUACAAGAUUAAUUAGCCUAAAUCUACAUGCCAAUCAGCUAACUGGAUCGAUACCAGAAUGUAUCAAUGAAUUGGAAGAUUUGUUGAUUCUAAAUCUAGGUCGAAACAAUUUAUCAGGAGAUUUGUCGUCUUUUAUUUUUCCAGAUACCUUGGAUAUGAUAAAUUUAUCUCACAACAAGUUUACUGGGCAUCUUCCUGAUUCUAUUUUUAGCAAAAAAAGGAGCUAUAUAAACUUAUCUCAUAACAACUUUACAGGUAAUAUUCCAAACAUAACAUUUAUUGAAUCUGUUAAAAUCAUAGAUUUAUCUUAUAACAAUCUUACUGGUGAGAUUCCAGAUCUCUCACACGCGGUUAAAUUAAAUGAACUGUAUUUGAACAAUAAUAAUCUAGAAAUCAAUUGUAAAAAUAAGAACUUUGGAAAUACUCUAUUAAAACCGAAUACUUGUUAUCUUCACAACAAUAUUAUCUUGGAGAAAGAUUGCCAGUCUAGUCUUUGUCUGCACAAUAUUUCCGAACCAGUAACAGCCUUGCCUGAUCUCAAUAGCUUUACUUUUGAUGUUGGUAUAUGAAUCAUGUUGUUGUUUCUUGCUCGCAUCUUUUGAGUUAUCGAUUAUAUUAAGUAAAAAGCAUUCAGAAAAUUUGAACCCCUUUA